CAUUUUUUGACAAGGGCAGGAAAGAUCCGUUUCCUCUGCUGAUUCUCGACACUGCAAGAAAGGCAAGGCGUGGGCCGGACAAUUCUGACGGCCCCCACCCCGCUCUUUCCCCUCGACAACCCACACUCCGCGACCUCCAUCCUGUGGUAGGGCUGCGUGAGCCAGUGAGUGAGUGAGUCAGUCAGAGGGAGACGAUGUCGCAAAGGUCCAGCGCGCGGGCACCAGCGCCGGCAGCGAAGGCCAAGCCGGCGCCCUACCCCUUCUGGCUUGGCGGUGUGGCCGCCUCGAUUGCGGCGCUGGGCACACACCCGCUCGAUGUCGCAAAGACACGAAUGCAGACGGCGCGAGAGCGGCCAGGCCUCGCGGCGUCCUUUAUCAAUGCCGCCAAGACCGACGGCAUCGUGGGUCUCUAUACGGGUCUGAGCGCGAGCAUCUUCCGCCAGAUGACCUACUCUGUCGUGAGGUUCGGAGCAUAUGAUGCCAUCAAGGCGCGCACCAAGCCCACGGUGACGUACGACAAGACAACGGGAAAGCCCAGCGAGAGGAUACCGGGCUGGAAGCUGGCGGGCAUCGCCAGUGUCGCCGGUGUCGCGGGUGGGAUAGCUGGCAACCCCGCCGACAUCAUCCUCGUGCGCAUGACGUCGGACAUCAACAAGGAGCCCGCCCAGCGCUAUCGCUACCGGAACGCGCUCCAGGGCCUGUAUCGCAUGGUCACAGAGGAGGGCGUCGCUGCGCUCUUUCGCGGCGUGGCGCCCAACUGCGUGCGCGCACUGCUCAUGAACACGUCGCAGAUUGCAACCUACGACCUUGCAAAGGACGGCCUCCUCAAGACGGGCUUCUUCAAGGAGGGCACCUGGCUUCACUUUAGCGCCAGCUUCAUUGCAGGCACCGUCGCGACGACUGUAUGCUCGCCCGCGGACGUCGUCAAAGCACGGGUCAUGAGCGCGAGCUCCAAUGGCAGCGGCGGGGCCAGCAUGCUCACGAAGCUAAACCGCGCCAUCCAAAAGGAGGGCGUCGGGUUCCUCUUCCGCGGAUGGACGCCCGCAUGGGUCCGUCUGUCUCCCAAUACGAUCCUCAUCUUUGUAACGCUCGAGAAGCUGCGUGUCCUCGUCGACGUCUCGCGCGAGAAGCGCGGAGUGCCCUCUGCAAGAACAGCUUCCUCCUCAUGAUCCUUGCUCUCCGAUCCGAUAGACACACUGAUACAGAGUUCUCCUCGCCACUAGACGGCGCCAGUCUCCCAAUGUACAUUUGUUUCGUUUCCCGUUCAAUGCCACAGCAGAAUCUAUCUCAUCGCAGCGUGUUUCGGAUAUGGGU